CUGACUAGUUUUUACCUAUACAAAAUGGCGAUAGGCGCGUUAACCUUUACAAAAUAUUACAUUUCUGUAACAUAAAAGUUGGAUCACAAUGUUAUCAUUUUAGAAAAUUCGUGUAUCAACUAUUACGAUAAAAUAUCGUUAUCGAAACAUAAUCCACGAGAGGCUUUUGUUGAGUUUUAAACUGGGAUACUUUUCUGCUACGAAUUCUUUCGCUUGUAAGUCGUCGAAGUAAUCGGACUUGUGCAGUGUGGUGAAUUUGUGUCGGGGUGAAAUUAUUAGCAUUAAUAUAAAGCGAAGUCAUCUAUCUGCGCGUGUAAAGGUAAAGGUACUAAAUCGAAUCGAGUGAAAAUUAUCGUAUUGAGAUUUUUUUGGGUAAAAAUUGGCGUUAUUCGCGUGUCGCGUUUCGAUAUAGGUAAUCGAGAUUCGAGAUUCAAGACCAGCAUUGUGUGAUAACGGUGUCGCUACGCAUCGUAUCGGUUAUUUGUAAAUAAGAUUAAAUCCAUUUCGAGAUUUUUUUUGCACCGUCGCCGCAGCUUAUCAAGGAUAUAAGUUAACGCACGUAUUUAAUUAUUCGAAUUGUGAUCUCUUCAUUGUUAAACAUGUCGGACGACUGCCUUCGAGAGACGCGAAUACGAGAUCAUCGUCGAAGUGAAGCUUUUUUGUACUGUUUCUUCGCAUAUGUAUCGGUCUGCGAACUGCGAUUCGCUAUUCGCUUUAUUUCAAGUAAUCAAGUGUAAACUCGUUUAGCUGGCGUGUUUUUGUUUUCAUUUUUAACCAUCACCUGUGCAAUAUGUGUAGAUGUUUACGAUAUUGCUGUUUUUGCUUGUAUAUGUGCAAUAAAAAGUGAGUAUUGUUGUCCGGCCAGUUCUGCUAAUGUAGGAAAAACCACUAAAAGAACUGAAAGAAGAAGACAGUCCAAGAUGCAAUCAAACUUUCCUGAAAUACCUUUGCCUGAUUUCGUUAGUAAUUCAAAACGCAGCUUACGCCUUGUUACUGAAAUACAGCUUCAUGAAGAAAGACACAUUCAUCACAUCGACAGCAGUCUGCCUGUCGGAAAUACUAAAAGUAGUAUGCAGCGUGUUGCUGUUAUUCAUAUUCGGAGAAUCGCGAAAAAAAAUCGGUUCGCUGUUUUACAAUUCUGUGAUGAAAACGCCGAUGGACACGUUAAACGUGGUUAUUCCGGCUGUAGCGUACGUUGUGAUGAAUAAUCUGAUGUACAUCUCUAAUCAAAACCUGGACGUAAUCACGUUCCAGGUAAUUGGCCAAGUCAAGAUACCGAUGACGGUAAUAUUCUCGAUGAUAUUUUUACGCUCGACGUAUCGCCGACUGCAGUACCUGUCGUUGAUCAUACUCACCAUUGGCGUCAUGAUCGUCGUACAAUUCACCGAAGUCGAUAGAUCCAAGUCGCGAGACGAUCUCAGCGCCAACGAUAAAGUCCUAGGAUAUGUUACCGGUAUCAUAGCCGCGUUGUUAUCCGGCUUCGCCGGAGUUUAUUUCGAAAGGAUACUCAAAACCACCACUCUCUCGGUAUGGGCCAGGAAUCUGCAGCUCAGCUUGAUAUCGGUACCGUUGGCCUUCCUGCAAACUUUCACCAAAGAUUAUUCGCCGGUCAGAGAGAAAGGAUUUUUUCACGAAUAUACCAACAUCGUGUGGCUGAUUGUGGUGUUGCAGACCAGCAGCGGAUUGACCGUUGCGUUAUCAGUGAAACUGGCUGAUAACGUUUCCAAAGGGUAUGCCUCGGCUACCGCCAUCAUCGUGUCCGGAUUCGUUUCCGUUAUCCUGUUCCAUUAUAGUGUUAAUUAUUUAUUCGCCUGCGGUGCGGCCCUAGUCGUUAUGUCUAUACCUAUGUACGCGAUAUCGUCGUCGUCCUCUAAAAUCCUACCGGAGAAGAUCGAUUACGAAGGCAAGGAGUGCUAUAUUUGAAGCCUCCUCUGAUGGUUGUCGUCAUAUACUCAGGUCGUUAAAUAUAUGUAGUAUACUUGGAUGAAGUGGUUAUAGAUAUGCCUUGAAAUCUCUCGUACGAAUGCAAUCAAUUGAAAUGCAGCUGCAAUAAAAGCUCUUCAUCAUUACCGGUAUUGGUUUUUUUGCAGUUGUAUUGUACUACAACGACGGUGUGAUACGAGUACGAUAUUCGAUGGAAAGUAGUCCUUUACUAUACUUUCAAUUUUAAAUCUACGUGAUUCGGAUAGCGAAGCUGAAAUCGCAAAAGCUUUCUAAUUUUUAAUUAAGGUUGUUAUUAUUUGUGUUUUAAUCUUCAAGUGGGAUAUAUGUUCAUAUGUACGCGUAUUUUUUUUUUUUUUUUUUUUUUUUUUUUUAGAAAUAUUUCGUUGCGAAAGGCGCUAUUUAUGAAUUUACUCUCGCAUUUUUUAUGAAUGUAAUUAACUUGAAAGAUUGCACGUUAAAAUACUCGUACUUCAGAUAUGAAUCGUACGUAUGCAAUUAGAUUUAUCAACGAUCAACAUUCGUCGUGUUAACUGUUAGUGUACGAGGAUUAUGUGCCAUUACCCAGUAUCUAUGUCUGCCCAGUGUGAAAUUGUUUUCUAUUUCAUAUGUACGCUUGUAUUUUUUUUUUCAAUUAAAAAAACUACACGUGCUAGUAAAUUUUAAAUUCAGUUGAUCAGAAAGUUUUUUUUAUGCAUGUUUCAUCUUAUUUUGAAUUUUUAUAAAAUACGUAUUUAUGUCUUAUAUAUUGAUUUUUUUGUUCAUUUUGUAUAUUUUGUACAGUAUUUGUACCUAUAUUUAUGAAUUUUUGUUUUAAAAAAUUAUUGCAUUUUUAUUCGUGCAAUUUUUAAUUUUUUUUACUUCGUUAUGUACCUAUUGAUGUCAAAAUUGACUUAUUUAUGAGAUCAGAGACAUAUCUAAUUUGUAACGUGAUUUCGUAUCUUUUCAUUGAUUUAAGUAUUUAUUUUCCAAAAAAAAAAAAAAUGUUACAAAUUGAAAAAUGUGAUUUAAAAAUAGAUAUCUAAAGCUCAGUAGAGAUUUUUAAUAUGUGAUCGUGGGUAUAUUGUGUAAUAAAUUAUACAUUAGUAUUGAUCUGUUUUGGAAGGACUGAUAUUUUAUUUCUUCCUCGCAAUUUUUAUAUUUAAUUUAUUAUUUAUUUUAAUAUCGAGUUAUGUAAAUUUCGCGCAUUUUGUUGGUUUUAAAUUUUUUGUAUUAUUAUAUCAAUCAGCUGUGACUGUAACAAGAAUGAAAUUGUGUUCGUUACCGUUAUUGUGAUCUUAUUAUUUUAAUUAUGAAGUGAUAAACUUGAAUUUGUCUUUUUA